AUGUACUCCACCGCCACGCCUGCAUCACAUGCCACGGCCCUCAAUGAAGGCGACGCUUCGACGUCGGGCGGACAAGGCAACUAUCCCCCACUACGACUGUUUGCACCGCUUCCGCUAGCUCUUCGGGCGCUCGCUUCAAUGCUCCCUGACCGGGAAUACAACCUCGGCGGCGGCGCUGGCUCUCUCAUAUCCAAUCGCUAUACGAACUUCCGACGAGGACGCCCACGCUUAACCCGUCGGCCACUUGUACGACUUAACCGUCCCGAUAUUAGCUCCAGGCUCACACUCAAUCGGAUACCUAAUGUGCCGCUUGUCUCGGGAAUGAUACCAACACCGUCAACGCUAGCCUCGAGCGCGAUGCCCUCGCUACUUCUGGCGAUACCCGCGCGCCUCCCCGGUUUUUCAUCAAUGGUUGCCGUGGAUAGGACGACGAAAACGCAUACGUUGUCGAGCGCGAUGGCAGCACGGGCAGGGCUCGCUUUCAUGGCGUGCACGAUCUGGCUGGCGGAAUUGGCGCGCUUUUUGUCUACUUCGAGGAUCACGGCGAUGGCGGCGUGGACGCGUGCGUCCUGGACCUCAUGCGCCGGCUUGGAGGAUCUUGUUGUGGUAGCGGUGCGAAUGCGCACGAAUAGCUAUACCGGCACCCUCGCUCUAAGACGCUAUGAAUAA